GAGACACAAGGUCACUUCGUCAGGUAGAUUCGAAAUAGCCCGCGUGAUGGAUUUGACGAUUUUGUCUGCUCCAGAUGAAUGCCUGCCUUGUGAUCCUGAGUGUUUGCUAAUAUUUUGCUACAUCAGGUUGAAAGGGGCACGUAUGAACAUAAAGAUGAAGGUACCUGAUCAGUUUACUGUUGAGAGCUUCCCAGUUCUCAGUCAUGAUAAUAAGGAUUACCACAGAAUCCCAAUUGUCCUAACGUAUUUGAGGAAAGAAAAUUAUGGCUUAGAAUAUGACUUAUCUGACAUUGAGGGUGUUCAGUUGUGUGCUUUAAUUUCAACUAUAGAACGUCGUUUAGCUCCUGCUAUUAAUUGGUUCCUAUGGGGUGACGAUUUUGUUUAUACUAAUUUCACUAGAAAAAUGUAUUUUGGAUCAAUUGGACUUAUUAAACAGUUAUAUAUUCCUUAUAUCUGGCGUAACAAAAAGUUAAAUAAGGCAAAGUCUUCUCAGUUAGUUAUUUGUCUUAAGAAUAUGUCCGAUUCAGAAAUAGGCGAGUAUUUAUAUUCACUGGCCAAACUGUGCAUUACAUCACUUGCUUACAUUUUGGGUGAAAAUACAUAUUUUAUCGGCGAUCGACCAACUGCAGUCGACGCUUAUGUGUUUGCAUUAAUGUGGCCCUUAUUAAUGUAUGAAUCACAGCAUGGUGAUUCUAAUUGGUGGGAUAUCGACUACAACUCGUCAUCAUCCACUUGUUUACAAUCAGGUUCACAUCAUUUAAUCACACAUCUAUUACAAUGUCCUAAUUUAAUGAGAUUUUUUAAGAAUAUCUCGUCGAAAUACUUUCAGAAACAUACAAAAUGUUUUAGAAAAGGUAUGAUCUAUAUCCCUUUUUGAUCAAUUUAAACCAUACACUAAGAUGACGGUUCUCAGUGUUUAUGUGAUACAAUUUUUACAAUACAUAUCAAAUAAUCUGAUGAAAAGUUAACUGGACAAAUGCAAAGGUAAUUGGGAAUAAAGGUAAUGAUAAUCAUUGAAGUGCUCAAUAUGAAAAUCACGAUGGAUAAUGAACCAGUAUUAACAGGGUAUGAUCUUGACGAGUAUAUGGGAGAUCAGAUUGUUUGAAUGGUAUUGCGCAAAGAUAUUACAUAACUCUGAUAAAACCUUCAUCUUCUCAUUUCAUUGGCCAAGUUUUCAUCCCAUUGUUUUUGCUUGUUAAUUUUCCUAUAUCAGUCAUAAUUUUUAUACCAUUUUAUAUGAUGAAAUGCCUUGAAAGGUAACUGAAUCUAUGUGUUAUGACUAUAUAAUACAUCAGUUUAGAAUAGAUUGAAAUAACAGAUUAUUUGUUCACAGGAAUAAUCUUCACCAAUACAACUAAAUAGAUUUUAAUAGAACGUAAAACAUCCUCCAUUAAGUCAUUAAAUAAAAUAGAAAUGUUUCAGUUAAGACAAUUCGUUGUUAAGAAGUAGCUGAAGUAAUGUUCAUUUUUGGUCUACGGUUAUUUUUCAAUUACGAGCAAUUAACAGUCUUCUAAUACACACGAGAAUAGUGAGAUCUCGUUACACAGGAUGUAUGACAUGUCUGGCGUGCAACACUUCCUUGCAUGAGAUUUCAGGAUAUCUUUAUAUUACUAACAGAAGUUAUCGUCGAAUUGGAACAACAUUCUAUAUACAUGAUAUCACUCAGUGAUGUUGAAACACAACAAACUUAGCGAACUAAAGGUGGUAAAGGCGUGCGUCAUCAAAAAAGUAUGGAUAAGAAAAAUGUUAUCAAGAUUUUCCUUUAAAUUAACACUUAAUCAUAAAAUGUACAUAUCCUGAAAUCUUUUUAUUAAUAAACUAUAUAGGUGAACAAGGAUAGUUUAUGACAAGAGAUACAGUUUGGAUAAGAAUGCCAUCAGGAAAAGCUUCUAGUUAACAGAAAUUCUUCCAUGUUUUGGAGAAUGUGAAGGAAAACUGUGGCAGAAUAGUCUUUGGCUCCUUUCUUAUCUAUAUCUAUUAAUGUAUCAAUGCAUGAAGUUUUACCAUCUUUAGGAACUCAGUCCGGUAAUCGUCACGGAUUGAUAAAUGAUUUUUAAUUCGUUUACGAGGUACAGAUUCGUCUACUUCGCUUUGAAUAAUAUUCUGAUCAUCAGGGUUAAUGAAACUACCAUGAUUGACCAAAUCACAGUAGGUAUAACGGAUUUCGAACCUGAGACUUAGUGACUGAAAACCAAAAACCUUUAUCGCUCAAUUGUUAAUAUUUAAUUGAAGAAUGUAUCUGUACUCAUUAGAUUAAAAUGUCAGUAUCUAACAUGCUUUGAAUUAAUCUACUCAUGCUUUACUCAUCAUUUUAUCACCAUACAGAAAAAUCUUCAGUUAUUGACAAGUCAGUUGUAUCUCAUCCGAUUCGUGAUUGUAUUCUCUGGGGUACUGGAGUAGUUGGUUUAUUUCUAACUUAUGCUUAUUGUUCAAAUAAUCUACGGAUUUUACAAAGGUUCCACGGAUCUCGAUCAACCUAAGUGCUAUCUACAGUCGCUACUGUUAUUUAUUGUUUUAUAGUCCUUGGAUUCUGUGUAUUAUCUCGCAUUUCUCUCUCCGAAUAUCCUUCCUAUUCUCGUAAAUCUUGAACCCAUUGUCAAUUCACGCAAUUUUCUACCUUUCCGUUUUGAAAAUCUCGAUUCUGUAUGAUUUUACAACUUUCCGAUUGCAUAUGUGAAUAUUACUACUUCCAGUACCUUUUUUGUUCCUAUGUCAUCCUGGCUGUUCUCUUUGUUAUAGUGUUAAUACAAAGAAGUUCGUCUAUACAUUGUUAUCUGAAAUGAUGGUGAUGUGUUCUCUGAACUAUUUAGUUUAAUUACUGAGAAGAAUUAGGCUCUAAAGAUGUCCAGAUUAAAAAUUAAUGAGAGCUCUAGCUCAGAUAACACAUUAAAUUGUUGUUUUUGACUGAUUGUAAUGCAUUUCUUAAAAGCUUCCUGUCUAUCAUUAUCUUAUGCUUGUUUUUAUCACAAAACAUUCAUUGUUACUUCUUUUCUCAAUGCCAGGCAUAAUCAUUAGCAGUAGUAAAAAUGUAUCAGAGAUGAAAAGAAUGUACGGUAGUUUUUCUAUUACUUUAGUGCACUUUUGUAAAUAUAGAUCUUUAUACUUUUUAGAA